GUUCUCUAGUGUCAUGUUUGGUUUUCCAAUCUGCAUCUCUAGCUCAGUUCUUAACUCCUCAUGCCUUUUGCAGUCUAACAGAAUGUGUUUUAUCAUCUCUUGUGUAUUGCAGUGUGUGCAGAGUCCAGUUCUUGUAUAGUUACUGAAAACUACUGCAUAUAGACACCUGUUUAACCUAAUAGACCUAUAUAAGAUAUAACCCAGCACACCUAUACUAUAGCACUUGCAUUGGAAACAUACACUACCGUCAAACGUUUAGACUCAUUCAUCCUUUAACAUCAUGAGGGACCUUUCCACUCACACCAGACUGACCCCAGAACAGUGGGAGAACCGCCUCAACAGAUUCAUCAAGAACAUGAGCAGGAAUGCCAGUGUUCAGACUACACUCAGCACAUGGGGUCUAAGCUUUGAGAACAAGCUGCUGAAUCUGUCUGGAAGAGUUCUUCCUGCUGAGAGGAUCCUACAGGGAGUGAGAGCAGUAAGGGGGACCACAGAACACAGAGAACACAGAGAACACAGAGAACACAGAGAACACAACUGUACACGACACGUGUCGCACUCUUGCUGUGUGUGUGUGUGUGUGUGUGUGUGUGUGUGUGUGUGUGUGUGUGUGUGUGUGUGUGUGUGUGUGUGUGUGUGUGUGUGUGUGAAGAGCUUCUCGACAGCUUUUCUUUCAUUCAUAGCGGAAGGCAGUGGUUACUGUGCGUAGUGUUUUAUUUGAACCAGAGCCCUGUUGAGCAAGGAUCAUGUCUUAAUUGCAGCAUUAACACUUUUUAUCCCCCCGCCAUUUCAUUUUUUUUCUGUGUGCAGGAUGGAGUACGAUGAUCGACAGGAGGCUCUGCUGAGAGCUCUGCAGCAGAGAGUGGGGCAACAGGUUCAGAUGGUGGUUGUGAUCCUGUCAGCCAACCGUAAGGAUAAAUACGAUUGUGUGAAGAAGUACCUGUGUGUGGACUGUCCCACUCCAAGCCAGUGUGUGGUGGCUCGCACCCUCAGCAGACCUCAGACCCUCAUGACCAUAGCCACAAAGAUCUCCUUGCAGAUGAACUGCAAGAUGGAAGGAGAGCCGUGGAGCGUCGAGAUCCCGUUGAAGCACCUGAUGAUGUUGGUAUCGACUGAUACCACGACAGUGCCGCAGGAAAGAGAUCCAUCGGUGCACUGGUGGCCAGCCUCAACCCGGGCAUGUCCAGCUGCGCUGAAGGCCUACUUCAAAUACAACGAAUGUUUGCCGUCACGCAUCGUGGUGUGGGCGACGGCGUGCUGCUGAGCGUAGUCGACUACAAAGUGCCUCAGUUCACGCAGUCCAUCAAGGCCAUGGGUGAAGAUUACGCGUCUUUCUGAUCGCAGCUUCAGGUUGCGUUCGGUGUAUUUUAAACGCUGAUGGCUUGAUUUGUCAGGUACAACUUCUUCCACGUGAGUCACAAAGUGCGCUUCGGCAGUGUGGCCCCCACUCACUACAACAUGGUGUACGACAGCAGUGUCCUCAAACCAGACCACAUGCAGAGACUCGCUUACAAACUCUGCCACAUGUAUUACAACUGGCAGGUAAAAGCCACACACACACACACACGUGUUCAUACAAGCCCGCUUUCUACACAACCCCAGAUCAUGCUGAUUGAUGAUGUAAGGAUUGAGGAUGUGGUCAUUUUCUUUAAUCGCACGUCUAUCAUUAGAGAAUCCGCAUCGUGUGAUCAAAAACGGAGAACGCGCAUGAAUUUGUUACAGAAUUUGUCCAAGAUUUUAUUGGGAAUGUUUCGUACAGUGUUGACGAUCUAAAUAGCUUAAUUUAGCUUAAAACCAUGUAAUUGCAGGGUUAAAGAUACGAGCUAUACGAGAUCAAGCCUGCGAUCGGAGCAUCCGUAUACUCGAUGUUUACAAAACCGCAAGAACGGAAGCGAAAUGCUAUCAGUCAAACACGUCAGAGUUAAUGUAUUGUUCUGAUGACUGAAGGAAAAUUUUACUUAACGGUUAUAUCUUAAGGGUGAGCUGAGGUUGUGUAUAAUUAGUUUAGUAGAGAGAGAGUGAGUAAUGUAGAAAAAGGAAAUAAAGAAUUAACAGGUGUUGUGAAUUGAGGAUGUGUAGAAAAAGUAUAUUUAAAGCAGAUGAAUGAAUGUAUUAGAAGCCGGGAAAGGUGAGGUUUCCUUCACGUGUUUCCUGGAGGAUGCAGUAGAGGGGUGUGUGUGUGUGUGUGUGUGUGUGUGUGUGUGUGUGUGUGUGUGUGUGUGUGUGUGUGUGAUUUCCUGUAUAUGGUUGUGUGUAGUUUUAGAAACAUCUGGGACUUGAAUUUUCAGUGUGCACAUGAUAGAUGUGCUAUAUAAUGUAAUUUAGAAACAGGUGGAUUACACGAAUAUUUUACACUAAAUAUGAAAUUUAUUCACUUCGACUGAACAUUAAAUGAAUCUCAGAACUGAGACAGUAUUAAACAGUCAGUAACAGAGGCCCCUGUGAGAAUCAGAACCUCAGGUUUAAUCAGUGUUGUGGAAUGUGAUAUGAUCAAAUCAACAAGUUAGUAUAUUUGACUUGUACUCAGCACUUUCCUUUAACUGGAGCUGAAACUUGUUGUUAAAGCGUUUUUGGCCUUUUGUCAACCCUACAGUUCUCUGUUCACGUUUUCCUACAAAAUGUCACCUCCUGUAAUAACACGAGCACUGCUUUUUAUUUAUUUAAAUAUUUUACAUAUAUGGAUUAUAUACUUUAUGUACGUUUACAAAAGGCUGGUGUAGAUUUAAAACGCUCUGAAAGUUUUCACCAAAGGAACAGAAAUUAUUAUUAAUUUUUUAAACCGGUUUAUGAUGCUCGUGAGUGUGGCUCUGUGACAUUUAACACCUUCAGCAAGACUUUAACGCGAACACGCUUUAAACCGGUAUUUCCCGUCGCAGCACGCGCACAGGUUUGUUUAAGAUUAGCACGCGCACACUUAUAAUAUCGUCACUACAGAGCCCAUGGAAAUUAAUGCUACUUUUGAAUGGUUUUACUCUUCACCUUAUAAAUCUGAAUUUCCUGCAGACGAUACUAAAGUGAAUGCAUUUCUUCAAGACCUUUGUACCCCUGUUAUUGAUUUGAAUACUGCCAUGCAACUGGACUCCCCACUCUCUCUUGAAGAAAUGUGAAAUUCAGUUAAAACUAUGCAGUGUAACAAAGCUCCUGGCCCGGACGGGUUCCAGUUGAAUUGUUUAAAGCAUCUAUUGGAAAAUUAGCUCCACUGCUUUUAUCUGUGUUCAACGAAUCCUUGGAAUGUGGGUCUUUGCCUCCAGCUCUGACACAAGCCACGAUAGCUCUCCUUCUUAAGGAGGGUAAGGAUCCGUCCUCCUGCGGUUCUUAUAGGCCGCUGUCUCUGCUUAAUGCAGAUGUAAAGGUGUUGGUGAAAGUAAUGGCAUCUCGUUUAGAGAACGUUAUCCCUUAUAUCUGAAGAGCAAACUUCUUUUAUAAAGGGACAUCAGUUGUUUUUCAAUACCCGUACGCUCUUUAAAUUAUUCAAAGCAUUCGGCUGAGAUUGGGAUUUCUUUAGAUGCUGAAAAAGCAUUUGACAGGGUUGAGUGGGUUUAAUCCACAUCAGAGAGGAAUGAUUUCUAGGAUUUAUGAUUUUAUUCUGGCGUUAGGUAGUGAGGCGAGUACCAAAAUUAACAAUGCGUGGGAAACGGAGUUAGGAGUACAGAUAAGUGAAGAGUGUUGGGAAUGUGCUAUAGGUAGGAUACAGUCUACCACUUCCUGUGCUCGUCUUGGACUCAU